CAACCUCAUCGUCGACAUCGUCGUCGUCGUCGCUGUCGGGGGCUCUGGCUGCAAGUUACAACACUCGGCGGUCUCAAUCGCUCAUCGACCGCCGUUCGUUUCGUUACAAGAACGCUGACGCUGUUGCAGGCAGCGGGCCGCCCUCGCACUUACAUCCCAGCGCUCGUGGCAACAACAACUCUCUCGUACCUCUCGGAAUCCCCUCGGCAUUCGUCACAAACUAGACCGCAUCGCCAUCACAUUGAAUCGAUCUAGACGCGUCGCGAGUUCUACGCGAAAUCGAAGAAAGUGUUAAUUUUUGGAAUAUUUUUGGUCAUCUUGCCGCAAAAUGCGGUCAUCACAGUGCACCUGCGGGCGCCACCAACGCGGGCCAAAGUGUGUCGUGAAGUGCUCCACCUGAAGACGGGCAACAAAUAGAGUCUCCUAUUAAGAGUGUUUUCUUCAAAAAUAUCUUAAAUAGAAACCAAGAGUUGCAAGAUCAACCGAAGUGCGUGAAAGUGAAGAAUUAUUUUGAGAAAAAGAAACUACGACGGAGUACAAUCAUCCAAAUCCUGAAAAGCGGAAAAGCAAUGCAAUUUCUCAAAGGAUUCAGAGUUGAAAAUAAAGUAUCCUUGGAAAGUGCUUAGUCAGUUGUGCGAUUUUAAAUUUGUGAAAGAUCUUAUCAUCAUGAAGACAAAGGCGAAAAGUGAGACGUCAGCCAGCAGCAUGUUUUCCCGCCAGUGCCUUUCCCACCCCACCCACUUGCCACCCACAUCCCCCAGCAGCUCCCGAUGGAAGCUCAGUCUCUGGACUUUGGUGAUCCUCAGUGGGAUGAUUCUGCUCAACGCCUCGACCACGACGGCCUUCGACAUUGCAACGUGCAACGUGGCCCUGGGAAUGGAAUCAGGAGCCAUCACCGAUGCCCAGAUCACAGCGAGUUCGGCUCAUGACACGGGGUUCGUGGGUCCCCAGCACGCCAGACUGAAAACCGAUAAUAAUGGAGGGGCCUGGUGCCCCAAGCACAUGGUGUCGAAUGCGCUGAAGGAGUACUUGCAGGUGGACCUACUGCAGACGCACGUGAUCACCGCCAUCAGGACACAGGGACGAUUCGGAAAGGGUCAGGGCCAGGAGUACACCGAGGCCUAUGUGCUGGAGUACUGGCGACCGGGCUUUGAUAAAUGGCAGCGCUGGAAGAACAUCCAGGGCAAGGAAAUCCUCUCGGGCAACAUCAACACCUACAGUGAGGUGGAGAACGCCCUGCAGCCCAUCAUCUUUGCCUCCAAGAUCAGGAUCUAUCCUUAUGGACAAUACGAUCGGACUGUCUGCAUGCGGGCCGAGAUCGUCGGCUGUCCCUGGGAAGAGGGCAUUGUGUCGUACAGUAUUCCGAAGGGAGUGCAGCGCGGCAUGGAGGUGGACCUAUCGGAUAAGACCUACGACGGAAACGAGCAGGGCGACCGGUACGUGGAUGGAAUCGGCCAGCUGGUGGACGGCCAGAAGGGCAAGGACAACUUCCGGACGGACAUCCAUGGCUUCGGAAAGGGAUAUGAAUGGAUUGGCUGGCGAAACGAUACGCCCGGCCUGGUGGGCAAACCGGUUGAAAUUGUCUUUGAAUUCGAUUCGGUUCGCAAUUUCAGUGCCAUCGUGCUCCACACGAACAAUAUGUUUACCAAGGACGUUCAGGUAUUUGUUCAUGCCAAGGUAUUCUUUAGCAUCGGUGGACGCUACUUCUCCGGAGAGCCUGUGCAGUUCUCGUACAUGCCCGACACCAUAAUGGAUCAUGCCCGGGAUGUGACCAUUAAGCUUCAUCAUCGUGUGGGAAAAUACUUGAAAAUAAAUUUGUACUUUGCCGUCAAAUGGAUAAUGCUAUCGGAGAUCAGCUUUAUAUCCGUGCCCGCUCUGGGAAAUUUCACGGACGAGCAGGAGCACCGCAGUGUCCCGCCCAGCCAGACGCAGGAUUCGCGGGAGUAUCCGCUGCAGAGUAACGACUAUCAGCACAAGCACGGAAAGAACAAGCCCGGCGGGGCGAACGGAGCAGGCGGCGAGGGCGGUGGCCUGGGAGUAGGAGGUGAAUCCGGCGGAAAAAGCAAAUACAACAACGGACCACAGUUAAUUGCACCACGCCCCAUCGAUCAGGAGCCGAACGACGCCAACUUCAUUGGAGUGGUCAUCGUGGUCCUGACGACAAUUAUCAUCCUCCUGGUGGCCAUCAUCCUGUUCAUCGUCUCCCGGACGAAGCGCGCCCGUGGCAGCAAUGUCCUCGACGCCUUCCAGUACAGCUUCAAUCCGAACACCCUCGGCGGCACAGCGGACAAACACCGACCCAAUGGCAACGGCAUCAAGGCCAGUGCCGAUGACAACGAUUCAAUUGGCAAGAACAGUCUCUACCACGAGCCCUUCAAUGUGAACAUGUACACCAGCGGCGUGAAUGGCUACGCGGCGGUUAAUGAUUUGCAGUGUAAUAUGACGCCGGACUAUACAGAUGUGCCGGAAGGUGGCUACGCGGUGCCCCACAUGCAGGAUUACAUGCCCUCCUCGAAAAUGGGCGUGCCGACUGGGCCGGGUGGCUACAUGAAUGUGCGGCGCACGCCACCGCCUCCACUGAGCAGCAUCUUCCCCCGACCGCCCACCGUGCCCCCGCCGCCCAUGGAGAAGUAUUAUGCCACCACUGCCAUCUUCAAGCCGCUCAAGGGACCGGGCUCGGAGCGGAGCGGCAGCAGCAACACAAACACGGUGAGCAGCGGCGGUGGCAAGAGCAGCCACAGCCACAAUAGCCAGGAGCACAGCGGCAUCUAUGACGAUGGCAUGGGCACCAUGAACUCCCAGUCCACCGCCCCGAUGAUCAAUCCGUACAGCAGCGGGAGCAGCUCGGCGGCCGGCGCGGCGGCGGCAGCGGAGUUCCAGCGUGCCAGGACGUACAACUUCCGCAGCUAUCCCGACAACCUUUAGUUCGAGACCUCGCUCAAGUUGGCAGCCGAGGCAGGAUACGGUCCCGGUGCCGGCGGCGGGCUAGGUGGUGGUGUCAACGGUGGCAGGGGAGCCGAGUUCGGCCCCACCUCCAAGCGGCCUGCCGGAAGCACCACCAUGCCAAAGAAGCCGCAGCACCUAAGCCUGGCCAGCACCACAUCGGCUGGUAGCAGCAAGCCCAAGUAUAGCCUUACCCUGCACAACGGCAAGCAUGGACCAGGCGGGGGUGGAGUCGGCAGCGGUAAGAACCCUCAAGCCGCCACCUUGCAACAGCGGCAACAUGUCAAGGCCCUGCGGCUAACGCGCGAAGCGGCAGAGACUCCGGCCUACAGGCUACCCGCUGGGCUGGCACCCGGAGCCGGACGUUCGCCCUCCGAGGAGGCGGGGCCGGUGCAUCUCAAGGCUGCCAACGGCGAGGAUUCGACUAAGUCAAAUGGAAACGAGAGCACUGCAGGAUGCAGAGGCGAGAAUGGAUCUGGAGGCGGAAUAGCGAACGGCGGUGUCGUCAGGACACAAAACAAAAGGCUGUGGUAUAAUUGAUGAAAACCCCACAUUGAAUGGAUUUGAGCACCGACACUCUACCGGAUAUCUGAUUGAAACGCAACAAGAACAACCAGUUAAUGCAAAUGCUAGAUAUGUUGGGUCUUAACCCCACAAUGCACAACAAAAAAAAAUAAUAAAAAACAAAAAGCAUCGGAACAAUUAAACCCACUGAGCAAACCAGAAACAAAUCGAAUCGAAAACGAAAUCAUUUCGCCUACCAAUCAUAUAUAUAUUGUAGGGCCGAGAAUAUGCCAACGAACGUAUGUAGGUAAUGGAUACUGUCUAGAGAUCACCCUGUAAAUAUUCGAAUAUAGCGAAAAAUACACAUAAAAACAAAAAACAAAAAGAAGCUGAAUUUUAAAACAAAAUGAAAACCCGGUGCAUCGUAGUCAAUGUGCAGAAAUCAUGAGCAACAAUAUAUAUUGUAUAUGAAUCAAUAAAAUAUUCAAACGAAUUUAAGGUCUAGCAUUUAGCGACAUCAUUUGGUUAUAAAAACGAUGAAUGGAAAUAUUAAAAAUUGAGUAAAUAGACAUAGGACUAACUAGAUUAUGAUAUAGUUCAACUGAUUUGUAGUACCUUUUCGAGAAAGAACACUGAAAAUCUGCAAAAACUAUCUCUUUACAUGCCUGUGAACCUAUACUACCCCUGAUAUAAUAAAAGAUAACUAUCUCAGACCCCCCCUAGACACACACUCGGACACAACACAUACACACCCAUUCUCACACACACACACACUCAAGUCCCACUGUAAAUUUCUGUGUAUAAACUUAGAAAAAGUAUCCGCGAGAUACAUAGAUUUUUUGCUAUAGAUGAAAACGCGCCGCGUCGAGCAAGUUUUUGUAGAGGAAACGUCAACCGAGAACGAAAGGAUUAUAAGGAUGAUAUGAUACGAUAGUAUGAUAAAAUUGUAACGGAAUUUAACGGACCAAGAGAGCGUGCAGAGCGACGUCGCCUAAACCAAUUAAAAUGAAGUUUUCAUCAAUGAUUUGUGAUUCAAUAUUCAACUACUUAUAGAGAUGCAGGAGCAAGUAUUUAGUUCUUAUUGCUAACUUUAAUUUAUCGAAACGUACUACCCAAAAUGACUCUGACUAUAAAACGAAAGCACUAUGAAUAUUUAAAACGAAACGAAAAACACGUAAAUCUAUAUAUAUUUAAUAAUAAUGGAUAAUCAUGUAUAUGUUCCUUUUUAAUUUAAUGCGCAUAAGUAUCACCAUAAAAUGUAAUACUAGUUAAAAAAAAAAACAACAACGUAGUAGCUUCGUAGUAGUUUAAAAAAGCAUCAGCAAAGAUUACAGCGUUUUAUACAAACAGAAGCUUAGGCAAACAAUAGGCGUGUUUCAAAUAGCAUUUAAAGUAAACAAAAAAACAAAAACACUCCACACUGCAAACAAUUUCACGGCGAAAAGUAGUCAACAACAAAAAAAUAAAUAAAUAAUAGUAGAAAAUGAAAAGAAAGUAAAUAAAACACAAAACAAAAAAAGAAAACACUUAAAAACGCAGACAAAUUAUUCGAAAUGUUUGUGAAACAUUUUUCCAAAGUUUUGACGAGAGAUCGUUGAUGAAACAUAAGCAUUAAAGAUAAACGAGCUAAAAUUAAGCAACAAGUUACAAAAUAUUUCAAAAUAUUUAAUAAAAUUAGGCUCUGAAAUAAGUCUGUACGUAUUCCUCAACAUUCUGCACAAUUUCUUAACUUUCUAAUCUUCUUUUGCACUUGAUGUUUGCCAAACACUGCCCCCACUAAUUCACAAAACAUUGAAUAUUCAAUGCUACACUGGAAAAAAACGUUAUUUUACUGAUGACAAAACAAACACACACACACUAUCGAGCAAAACCAAUCACGAACCUACCUACAAGACUUGUGUAAAAUAAAACGUAAACAAAAUGCUAAAUAAAACGUUUAGAUAUUAAGUUAAAAAAAUACAUUUUGUAAAAAUUAAUAGGAGUACACUGUACAAAAUUAUAAACUAAUGUAAUGGUUAUGCGUUCUUUUGGAAAUCAAGGCAAAACUCAUAAAAAGAAUAUAUGUUUUUUUUCGGUGCGCUUGUCAGUUGAUUUCCUGAACAAUUUUAUUUCUAAAUUAAUUUAAAUGCAUUUAUUAUGUGUACAUUUUUCAAAAGCAAAUAUAUAGUAUUCAAUUAUUUAAAGCAAAAA